AUUGGAUCCCACGGCCUACUGCGAGACUCCGGUGUACAACCCGGAUCUCUGCCCCAACAUGAUCGCGGCCCAGGCCAAGCUGGUCUACCACCUGAACAAGUACUACAACGAGAAGUGCCAGGCGCGGAAGGCGGCCAUCGCCAAGACGAUCCGCGAGGUCUGCAAGGUCGUGUCCGACGUGCUCAAGGAGGUGGAGGUGCAGGAGCCGCGCUUCAUCAGCUCGCUCAACGAGAUGGACAACCGCUACGAGGGCCUGGAGGUCGUGUCCCCCACCGAGUUCGAGGUGGUGCUGUACCUCAACCAAAUGGGCGUCUUCAACUUCGUGGAUGACGGCUCGCUGCCUGGCUGCGCGGUGCUCAAGCUGAGCGACGGGCGCAAGCGGAGCAUGUCCCUCUGGGUGGAGUUCAUCACUGCCUCGGGCUACCUCUCGGCGCGCAAGAUCCGCUCGCGCUUCCAGACGCUGGUGGCCCAGGCGGUGGACAAGUGCAGCUACCGGGACGUGGUGAAGAUGGUGGCGGACACCAGCGAGGUGAAGCUGCGCAUCCGCGACCGCUACGUGGUGCAGAUCACGCCGGCCUUCAAGUGCACCGGCAUCUGGCCGCGCAGCGCGGCCCACUGGCCGCUGCCGCACAUCCCCUGGCCGGGGCCCAACCGCGUGGCGGAGGUCAAGGCGGAGGGCUUCAACCUGCUGUCCAAGGAGUGCCACUCGCUGGCCGGCAAGCAGAGCUCGGCCGAGAGCGACGCCUGGGUGCUGCAGUUCGCUGAGGCGGAGAACCGGCUGCAGAUGGGCGGCUGCCGCAAGAAGUGCCUCUCCAUCCUCAAGACGCUGCGCGACCGCCACCUCGAGCUGCCGGGCCAGCCGCUCAACAACUACCACAUGAAGACCCUGGUGUCCUACGAGUGCGAGAAGCACCCCCGCGAGUCGGACUGGGACGAGUCGUGCCUGGGCGACCGGCUCAACGGCAUCCUGCUGCAGCUCAUCUCCUGCCUGCAGUGCCGCCGCUGCCCGCACUACUUCCUGCCCAACCUCGACCUGUUCCAGGGCAAGCCCCACUCGGCCCUGGAGAACGCGGCCAAGCAGACGUGGCGGCUGGCGCGCGAGAUCCUCACCAACCCCAAGAGCCUGGAGAAGCUCUAGGG